UAGAAGAAACUAUCUUAUUUGACUAACAGUUUUGAAUAAGUCAUAGAAGCUAUCUUGUUUGACUGAUGUAAUUUGAUUUUGAACUGUGCAAUGCCUGAUCAUUUUGUUGGACUGCUUCAAUCUGAUUUUGAAUUUGAUUCAACCAAUUGUGCUGUUGAUUCAUAAGACUUCCAAAGCUAUGAGCUUCGGUUUGAGGAAAUCCGCUUCAAAUGGCUGGUGCCGGAAUCCUCCAAUUUCUGAAGAUCAACAGCAGGAAAAGGUUGAGGAAGUGAGAAGAUUGGUAGGGCCUUUGCCCGAAAAGUUGUCUAUUUAUUGUUCAAAUGCAUCCAUUUCAAGUUACUUAAGGGCGCAGAAUUGGGACACCAAGAAGGCAACUAAAAUGCUGGAGCAGAGCUUGAAAUGGAGAUUGGAAUACAAACCAGAAGAAAUUAGAUGGGAUCAAGUUGCGAGUGAGGCUGAAACUGGAAACAUGUACAGGGCACCCUAUACAGACAAGCAUGGCAGAGCAGUUCUUGUCAUGAGACCAAGUUGCCAGAACUCGAAGUCGACAAUAGAAUCACAAAUUAGGUACCUUGUGUAUUGCAUGGAGAAUGCUAUCAUGAAUUUGGCACCAAGCCAGGAAGCGAUGGCGUGGCUGAUCGAUUUCCGUGGCUGCAGUUUGUCAAAUAUCUCUGUCAGGAUUGCAAGGGAAACAGCCCAUAUUUUGCAAUACUAUUAUCCAGGCAGGCUGAGCUAUGUCAUUCUAUACAACCCACCCAAGUUCUUUGAAUCUUUCUGGAGGGUGGUGAAGCGCUUCGUAGACCCACGGAUGGCUAACAAAGUGAAGUUCGUAUACUCCGAAAAUCAGAGUUCCGUGAAAAUAAUGGAGGAUCUAUUUGACAUGGACAAGCUGGACUCUGCAUUUGGUGGCAGAGGCGGCGAAUUAGGGUUCGACAUCAAUAGACUCGUCGAGAGAAUGAAAGAAGACGACAAGAAGACGCGAUCCUUUUGGGCGGAUGAGCCCGUGCCAGCUCCAACUGAACAAUAAUAAAUAUACAUAUAUAUAUAUAUAUAUAAAAGUCUAAGCAGCCCAGCACAACUAAAUAUUAAUAUAGCCCACCCCCAUGGCCCACCCGACAUCCGCCCUUGCUUUUGGGGAAACCUCAACGCUUGUGAAGCCGACAAAUGCUCAUCUUGAUUGACCAGAAGUCUGCCCGGGUUGUAACUUGGCGACGGCUAACAUUUGACAGUGCUACUACCGGCGUGAACUAGCUAGCAAGAAAGCAAGCGUGAAGCAUUGCCAUGUGGCAUAUUAAGCAACAUAUAAAGCCAACUACAUGAACUUUCAGUUCGUUGGUCAUUGUAUUGCUGUGUGAAAUAUUGGCAGCAAGCCAAGCUAUCGUUUGAAACUGUUUUUUUCAGAUUCCAAAGAUCUUGCUUUCUAAGGAAAGUACGAUGUAAAAGUCCUGAUGGUAGUAGAUGUCUGGUUGUUCCCAUUUCAAUGGAGUUUCCAAAUUGCCUUAAUAAAAAAUAGUACACAUCAGAAGAAUAUGCUUCCCA